AUGCAGUCGGCGGUGAAACAUUAUUACAAUAUUAAUAAGAUCCUCUUAUCGAAACUUGGCGGUUGGCCAACGCAAAGUAAAUUCAUGAAGAUAUUGUUGCCGACCAUAAUAAUGUCUUUUGUUUUCAGCAUCGGUUUUCUUGAGUUUGUAAGACUGUCUGAAACAUGGCAAACCAUAACCGAGGACUGUGAAUGCUUCAUUGUAAUGUUAAUUACAUUUGGCGCUUACUGUAAAUUGUUUACCAUAGUUUUUAAAAAUAAAAAUGUAAGAUUUCGAGUUCUUCUUUUGCUUAAGCUCUUAAAAAUUAUAAGACGCGGAUUAUAUCCUUCGUUUUGCAUUGUUUCUUAGAUAGAACACCUGUUGUCGCUCAUCGAUUAUCACUGGCGCAUUUUUACGCAUUCUUUGGAGAUACAAAUUAUGCACGAAUAUGCUAUUGUAGGAAGGAAAAUAACGAUAAGUUACGCCGUUAUGAUUUAUUCGUUGAUGAGUCUUUACAUGCUGAUCCCAGUAACACCGCAAUUAUUGGAUCUCUUUAUUCCUCUUAAUAAAUCGCGCUCUUACAAAUAUCUGUUCGAUAUCGACUACAGCUUCGACAGAGAAGUGUAUUAUUAUCCUGUAUUACUCCACUCAUACCUGACAACUGUACUGACUAUGAGCCUCAUGGUAAUAACCGAUACGAGCUACAUGUCGUUCGCGCAACAUGCGUGCAGUCUGUUCGCUGCUAUUGGGCACCGACUAGAAAAUCUAGUCUCAGAAAGUAAUUCAAAGAAAAACAAUUAUUUUGUUGAGGAUGUAAUUUGUAAUAAGAGCAAAUCACGAGAUUACGAAGACCAGACUUAUCACGAACUGAUACUUCUCUUGCGGAAACACCAGUUGAGUAUUGAAUAUACCCGUUUGUUAAAUUCUUUAUUUGAAAUGUAUUCAUUUAUGUUACUCUUCAUUACUAUCAUCAUUAUGAGUCUCUUGGGAAUUCAAAUAAUUUCCUUAAUGAAUCAUAAAGAAGAGAUGGUCAGAUACGUAGCGAUGAUACAACAUGUUGUGGUACAAAACGUCACGAAGAACGAUACGGCUAUUCAGUAUAUUACUUUACAGAGGUUUUGUGCCUUGUACAUUAACCGCUGGCAAAAUGUACGUAUUAUCGAUGGCGAAUUAUACUUCGAUGGUGCAGGCAGCUAUAUCGUAUUUCACCGCCCUUUCGUCCUUCAGAUAAUUUAUGAUAAAAAGAAAACCCCUGGAAUUAUCCCGUCUGGCCGCGAUAACAUUACCGCGAAAUGUCUCAAGGACCGACACGACGACGACGGCGGUGGCGGUGGCGACGGCGGCGGCGGUGAUGGUGGUGGAGGUGGAGGUGGAGGAUGGUCCGGCACUCGAGGAAGCCGGGACAGCCACGGCGCCGACGCCUGGUUUGAUUCCGACCAGCGGCCCGGUCGAUAG